AUGACAGACUUUGCAGUGACAUUUGUUCUUGACAAAAUCACAAUCUUAUUGGAGGAAAAGGUGAAUCUGGUAAAAAAUGUCAGGCAGGAAUUUGAAUAUAUCAGAGACGAACUUGAGAGAAUGAUUGCUUUCCUCAGAGUUGCUGAUGCUGCUGAAGACGAUGAUCCAGAGCUCAAAGUCUGGGUUAAGCAAGUCCGAGAUGUUGCAUAUGAUACUGAAGACAUUAUAGAUGAUUUCAUGCUGCAAUUCCACCAUAAAAGUGACGGUUUUCUGAGGAAAUUUAUUCUCUCUAUACGAAAUCUGAGAACCCAUUAUAAAAUUGCUUCUGAAAUUCAAAAUAUCAAAUCCAGAAUUAUAGAAAUUGCAGAGGGACAUAGGAGGUAUAGUUACAGGUUUAAUGUUCCCGGGGAAGCUUCCACAUCACGAUGCGUGAGUAAUAGAGGGAUGGAUCGUCGAGGGGAUGCUCUUUUAUUAGAAGAGACCGAGCUAGUCGGGAUUGAAGACCCGAAAAAGCAGAUAAUACGGUGGCUUGUUGAGGAAGAAUCACGGCUUAAGGUGGUUUCAGUGGUGGGAAUGGGAGGUUUGGGGAAAACCACUCUGGUUAAGAAGGUGUAUGAUGAUUUUGUUGUGAAGAAACACUUCCAGAACCACGCAUGGAUUACAGUUUCUCAGUCGUUCGAGGUGGAGGAGCUCCUGAAAGACACAAUUCAGCAACUGUUUGAACAGAUGAAGCAAACUCCUCCUGAAAAUUUGAGCACCAUGAAUCGUAAUAGGCUCAAAGCAAUAAUCAAAGAUUUCUUGCGCCAAAGAAGGUAUGUUCUAGUCUUUGAUGAUGUUUGGAGUAUUCUAGCAUGGGAAGCUAUCCGAUAUGCCUUACCUAAUGAGAAUAAUGGGAGUCGUGUCAUCCUGACAACCCGAGUCAUGGAUGUGGCUUUAUCUUGUAGCCAAGAAACUGAUGGUUAUGUGUAUGAGUUGAAUCCUUUGUCUGAAGAAGAGUCCUGGAUUCUAUUUUGCCAGAAGACAUUCAGGGGGAACCCGUGCCCUACUCACUUGAUUGAAAUUUGCAAAAGCAUCUUGAAAAGAUGUGGAGGAUUGCCGCUUGCCAUUGUUGCUAUUAGUGGGGUGCUGUCUACAAAAAGGGAGAUUAACGUUGACGAAUGGAAGAAGCUCAAUUGCAGCCUUGGCUCUGAACUAGAAGGUAAUGAUCAACUUGAGAGUAUGAAAAUCAUUUUGUCACUCAGUUUCAAUUAUCUGCCAUAUUACCUCAAACCAUGUUUUCUGUACUUGAGCAAUUAUCCGGAGGAUCAUGAGAUUGAACACAAUACACUAGUCCGACAGUGGAUAGCAGAAGGUUUUGUGAAACAAAAAGUGGGAAGAUCAGUGGAAGAAGUUGCACAAGGGUACCUCAAUGAGCUCGUCAACAGAAGCUUGCUUAGUCCGGUGACAACCAACGAUGAUGGAAGCAUCAAAACGAGCUGUAUCCAUGACUUUUACAGGGAGAUUAUUCUUUCAAUAUCAAGAGAUCAGAAUUUCAUAACAAGCAACAAUGAGCAGAAUAUGAUAUGGCUGAGAAGAGCAAGACGCCUCUCAGUGCAUGGGAGCUUUAGAUAUACAGAUGUCAAACAUUAUGGUGCCAGGCUCUGUUCCUUUCUGACUUUUCACGUGGAAGAUCCCCAAUCCAUUUUGAGCAUUCUUCAGUUGCUUAAUAGCUGUACAAUGCUGAAGGUUUUAGAUUUGAGGGGCGUUCCUCUGGAGAAGUUCCCAGGUGCUGUUCUCGAACUGUUUAAUUUAAGGUAUCUAAGCUUGAGAAGCACCAUGAUCAAAAGACUUCCAAGAUCAAUUAAGAAGCUUGAGAAGUUAGAGAUAUUGGAUCUUAAGGAGACAUACAUCAAUGAAUUACCAAUUGAGAUUCUAAAACUCCAAUAUCUUCGGCAACUUAUAGUAUAUCGCCACAUACCAGGCUCAUAUCUACAUUAUGAUUAUGUACAUGGUUUCAAAGUAUUCAAAGGAAUGGGCAGCUUAAAAUUCUUGCAGAAACUCGGCUUUAUUGAUGCAUCUCCAGGAAGCGUAGCACUUGAAGAAAUAGCCAUGAUGAGUGAAUUGAGGAGAGUUAGCAUUACAAAUUUGAGAACCCAAGAUGGAGUAGCUCUAUGUUUGUGCAUUGAGAAGCUCCAAAAGAUAUGCUCAUUAGGUCUAAGAGCAAUAGAGGGAGAUGUCCUUGAUCUUAAUCACCUGUCUUCUCCCCCUCUUUCCCUUCAACGGCUAUAUUUGACAGGGCGUUUAGCGAACUUUCCUAAAUGGAUACAAUCUCUUCCAAACCUGGUGAAAGUAUACUUCAGAUGGAGUCAGUUAAGGGAUGAUCCCCUUGAAUAUCUCCAAGAUAUGCCUAAUCUAGUCCAUAUUGAAUUUCUCGCAAGUUAUGUAGGGGAGAAACUGUGUUUUAAGGCUGGAAAGUUUCAGAAGCUUAAAUUAUUAGGUCUUGACAAAUUAGAAACCUUGUGUCAGGUGAUCAUUGAGGAGGGUGCCAUGCCUCAUCUGGAGAAGCUUAUCAUUCAACGAUGUAACUCGUUGGAGGGCGUGCCCGUAGGGAUUGAGAAUCUCUCCGAACUAAAAGUUCUUGAAUUUUUCGACAUGCCUGAUGAAUUUAUUGGGUUAAUCUCUCCAGCAAAACAUGGUGAAGAUUACUGGAAAAUUGCACAUAUUCCAGAAGUACAUCACACAUACUGGAGGAAUGGUUGCUGGGAGGUUUAUCCAUUAGAAGAGGAGCAGGCAAUUGAGAAAUCUGAACAGCCUAGAGCUGCCAUCGUUAGAACUCAAGAACAACGGAACUGGCUGUAA